AUGUUACAACAAUCGAACAACCACCACAACUCCAUCGAUAACAUUCCUCUUUCAGAUUGGGAUGUUUCAACAGUGAUUCAAUUCUUGAACAAUCAAAAGGUCACUGAUAACCGUGUUCAUCAAAUAUUUAAAACUCAACAAAUCAAUGGAACAUUACUCUCUCACUUGAAUUUUGAUGAUCUCCAACGUCUGGGAAUCAAAGGUGGCUUUGCUAAUACCAUUGUUAAGAAAGUCGCAAAUUUGAAAGAAUAUCAAGAACAUUAUUUGGAUAAACACAAAAUGGAAAUGAGAAAUUUAGCCAAAGAUUUAGAAGGAGAUAUUCCUGAUAAUGAUGACUCUCGAGAAGGUAUAAAAGAAACCUCCAUAAUGAUAUCUUCCUCCUCGUCUGGAACUCCAACAACGAUUGGUGUGACUCCUUGUCCUGCAUGGAAUGUACAAGAUUUUAGUGAACAACAACGAAAGGAGUACAUUUUCUGUUUGGAAAAAUUGAAUGCCAUUGAGAAUUGGGAUCCCAGACAGGAUAAGAAUGCCGCCUGUCAAAAUUUGAUAUUUUCAUCAAGAUUUAAAUAUCAGUACUUGAAUCCAAAACGAUUGAAAGAAUAUGUUAGCCAAUCAAGCAAUUCGAAUAAGGAAUCCAGAUUGAAAGUUCGACUUGUCAUUACAGAGUUGAGUGAAACCACUCAGCAUCGAUUCUUACGAACUGUUGGAUCCAUUGCUGGAUUCAUUGGAGAUGCCAAGUAUGGAAUGUUUCACACAUCAUUAAUUAUUGGACCAUGGUAUUUGGAAUGGGGACAUCAGUCAUUGGCCUCUAUCAGACAUCGAUCUUCUUCGAAAGCCAUUCUCGUGACCAAUGUAGGAGAAAUUAAGGGAAUCGAACGUGUCAAUCAAAAACUUACAGCUCUUGCUAACGUUUGUACCGAAUGGAAUGCAACAAAAAUGUACGAUAGUAAGCAGUGUAAUUGUCAGCAUUUCACAGAAGCAGUAAUAGAUGCCUUGGGAAUGUCGAUAGAGUAUGAACAAAACAUUGAUGUCAAAACUCAAAAAUAUUUAAACAAGAUGAAAAGGUAUGGAGCUGGUCAACGUGUGUACAAAAUGGGAACCGAUGUCAAAGCCUUGCUGUUGAAAGAGCCAAAGGAUGAAGCGACCCUCGAUGACGAGACGUGUCAAUUCAUUCAUCUCAUGAGAAAGAAAAUUGAAAGCACUUCCAAAUUUUCCUUCAAAACACACAAAGAAUUGGAUGAAUUGGUUAAAUUUGCAAUCAUGGUUCAUCCACUGUUCACAAGCUCUCCAGAUUACCUCUUUUUGAAAGGUUUUGAUCGAGCCUUUUGGUUGAAACAUCAAAGUGAGAAGAGUAAAUUGGAUAAGGAACAUCGAGAAGCAUGCAAACCCUUAAUGGACUCGGACGACUGUUGUUGUUUGUGUCCUUUCAAUCCAACACAAGAUGUGAUAGGAAAUGUCAACAUGACUGUCAUGGGCGUCGAUUAUGUUUUAGAUGCUCAUUGUGGAUGGCAGCCUCCAUCAUUUUUGGAGGUUCUCAAUAAUUAG